CUGGGAUUUGGGAUGGUGGGAACCCAUCUGCACAGCAGCUGCUGCUAGGCUGGGGGGAGUGCAGCCUGGGGCAGGAUCUCAAUUUCUCCCCUUUCCCACCUGGAUUUCUCCCUGUGCAGCUGGAUUUCUGGCUGGCCCCCCGUGGCCUCGGCUCUCCCGUGGAUAUCCGGGUGCCCUUCCCGAGCCUGCAGCCCGUCAAAGCCCACCUGGAGGCCAGUGGGGUGUCCUACUCCAUCAUGAUCGAGGACGUGCAGGAACUGCUGGAUGAGGAGCAGAGGGAGAUGAUCCGGAGCAGCCGCCGGCUGCCGCUCUCCACCAGCACCUUCAACUACGAGGCCUAUCACACCCUGGACGAGAUUUACGCCUUCAUGGACAUGCUGGUGGCCGAGAACCCCAACCUGGUGAGCAAACUGGAGAUCGGCCGCUCCACCGAGGACCGGCCCCUCUACGUGCUCAAGUUCAGCACAGGGGGCUCGAACCGCCCGGCCGUGUGGAUCGACACCGGGAUCCACUCCCGCGAGUGGGUGACUCAGGCCAGCGGGGUCUGGUUCGCCAAGAAGAUCGUCGAUGACCACGCGAACAACGAAGGGGUGGCCUCCAUCCUGGACACCAUGGACAUCUUCCUGGAGAUCGUCACCAACCCCGAUGGCUUUGCCUACACCCACAGCACGAACCGCAUGUGGCGCAAGACCAGGUCCAAGCACUCGGGUGCCAUCUGCGUCGGCGUCGACCCCAACCGCAACUGGGACGCAGGCUUUGGAGGGUCCGGGGCCAGCGGGAACUCCUGCACGGAGACCUACCACGGCCCCUACCCCAACUCGGAGCCCGAGGUCAAAUCCAUCGUGGACUUCGUGAAGGGCCACGGGAACAUCAAGGCUUUCGUGUCCAUCCACAGCUAUUCCCAGCUCCUGCUCUAUCCCUACGGAUACACCAGCACCCCGGCCCCGGAUGAGCAGGAGCUGGUAGGGCCCCCGGGGAGGUUUGGGGGGGCGG